GUCCAGCCUUGAUCGAUUGAUGCUUGCGAAAUUUUGUCGAAAAUUCGAUGCGCCGCAACCACAACGUCGACGACCAUUGAGCUUGGAACUGGGUUCCAGAUACCCUCAAUUCCUCUAGUCUCUCUAUUUUUGGGGUCCCCAGCCCAAUCAUUGCUCGUCAUUGUGUUGGGUUCUUCAACCCCCACCCACAGCCAUGUCGGCUUCGUUUAGAACCCUCGCGCCCUUCGUGCGGACGGCGCGGUUCGCGCUCAACAGAUCUGGGGCAAACCCUCUGCUAUCCCUCCAGCGCCAAACCCAGUCUUCGGUCCUCAACCUGCGGAGGGGGUACGCCGUGUUCGAGAGGACCAAGCCUCACGUCAACAUCGGUACCAUCGGCCACGUCGAUCACGGAAAGACCACUCUGUCCGCUGCCAUCACCAAGAGGCAGGCCGAGAAGGGCCUGGCAAACUUCCUCGAAUAUGGCGCCAUCGACAAGGCACCGGAAGAGCGGAAGCGUGGUAUCACUAUUUCAACGGCGCACAUCGAGUACUCGACCGACAACCGCCACUACUCGCACGUCGACUGUCCCGGCCACGCUGAUUACAUCAAGAACAUGAUUACUGGUGCCGCCAACAUGGACGGCUCCAUCAUCGUCGUCGCUGCUUCGGACGGACAGAUGCCCCAGACCAGGGAGCAUCUACUGCUGGCCCGCCAGAUUGGUAUCCAGAGGAUCGUCGUCUUCGUCAACAAGGUUGACGCCAUUGAUGACCCGGAGAUGCUGGAGCUCGUCGAGAUGGAGAUGCGCGAGCUGCUCACCUCGUAUGGCUUCGACGGCGACAACACCCCCGUCAUCAUGGGCUCCGCCCUGUGUGCCCUGACGGACAAGCGCCCCGAGAUUGGUCAGCAGAAGAUCGACGAGCUUCUGCAGGCCGUCGACGACUGGAUCCCUACCCCUGAGCGCGACAUGGACAAGCCCUUCCUCAUGUCGGUCGAGGAUGUCUUCUCCAUCGCCGGUCGUGGUACCGUCGUCUCGGGUCGUGUCGAGCGUGGCGUCCUCAAACGCGACCAGGACAUCGACAUCGUCGGCAAGUCGGCCGAGGUCACCAAGUCCAAGGUCACCGACAUCGAGACCUUUAAGAAGUCGUGCGAAGAGUCCCGCGCCGGCGACAACUCGGGUCUCCUGCUCCGCGGCGUUCGCCGCGAGGACGUCAAGCGCGGCCAGGUCAUCGCCGCCCCCGGCAGCAUCACGGCCCACAGCCAGUUCCUACUGUCCAUGUACGUCCUGACCAAGGAGGAGGGCGGCCGCCACACCGGCUUCGGCGAGAACUACCACCCCCAGAUGUACGUCCGCACCGCCAACGAGUCGUGCACCCUCACCUGGCCCGAGGCCCACGCGGACAAGUCCCAGAUGGUCAUGCCCGGCGACAACGUCGAGAUGGUUGCCACCCUGCACUCGCCCCUCGCCAUCGAGAACGGCAUGCGCAUCAACGUCCGCGAGGGCGGCAAGACGGUCGCUACCGGUCUGGUCACUCGCAUACUGAAGUGAUCGUGCCUGCCGGGCCUAUAUCACGAGGCGGUGCUUUGAUCUGGGGGCUCCCCUUCACAUCCCUUCCGUGCCGAGCGUUUCUUUGCGACGGCGGUCCUUCAGGCUGGAGGCAAAAGGAAUCUUCAAAAUGGGGAGGGUUACCAAGGAAGAGGAAAACAAAAAUAGCAGGAGUUAAUGUUUUGUAAUGUUGUGUACAUUACGGACGCCGGCACGCGUCCACCACGGGCCGCUCCGAGCCACAUACCCUGCUUCUUCCUGUACUAUAUGUGUUACGAUGUAUAUCAGCCCCCGGACUCAUUCAUCUCCUCUCCUCGAUAGCCAUGUUCAUAUACUCGCAUACCAGGAUAUGAUAUGUAUAUAGAAGGUCAAGUUGCGACGUCGACGGCUAUGUGAC